AUGAAGCCAUUAGCAUCUGCGCUGGACAAACUACAAGGAGAAAAAAAAAGUUAUCUAGGAUAUGUGGCUCCAACAAUCUUGUCCAUAAGACUUUUAUUAUUAAACUCAACAAAUAGAGUAUAUUGUAAACCAUUAAGUUUAUGCAUAAUUCAAAAUCUAGAAAAACGAUUUGGUUAUUUAUUUAACUUAAGCAGUUCCAACUGUUCCAAGAGUAAAGCAUUUAUUAUAGCAUCAAUAAGCCACCCAAAAUUUAAAAUGAACUGGGUACCAAUAAGAUAUAAAAGUUUGUGCAGAAAGUUAUUUGUCAGUGAAUGUAAUACAUUAAGUGCUGUUAUUAAUUCAUGUCCAAAUUCUGGUUCAUCUAGUGAAGAAAAUGACGAGAGUGAUGAUGACGAAUUUUAUAACAAUUUACUAGAAAACAGCUUUUCAAAAAAUUUCGUUAAUGAUAAAUCAAAUGAGUCUGAAUGCUCCACUGACAGAAGAAGCACAAAUUUAGCUGGAAUUCAAAGUUCAUCAUUUCUUAACUAA